GGAGCGGGAGCGGGGACCGGGCGCGGGCAGAGCGCGGCGGCGCGGGUGUAUUCUAGAGAAUAAGUCUUCAAACAUCUUUGCCAUAUUGACUCUGAGUUGUCAGGGGACUCAGGCUUAUGAGGAGGUACUGUCACACAAAACAGUGUCUAGUGAAGACGACAAGAAAGUGGGGAAAGGAUUGGAAAAAGAAGCUAAAACACUAUAGAAAACCAUGAGAUCUAUUAGAUCUUUUGCCAAUGAUGAUCGCCAUGUUAUGGUGAAACAUUCAACAAUCUAUCCAUCUCCAGAGGAACUUGAAGCUGUUCAGAAUAUGGUGUCUACUGUUGAAUGUGCUCUUAAACAUGUCUCAGAUUGGCUCGAUGAAACAAAUAAAGGCACAAAAACAGAGGGCGAGACAGAAGUGAAGAAGGAUGAGGCCAUGGACACCUAUUCCAAGGAUCAAGGUGGUCGGACAUUGUGUGGUGUAAUGAGGAUUGGCCUGGUUGCAAAAGGCUUGCUGAUUAAAGAUGAUAUGGACUUGGAGCUGGUUUUAAUGUGCAAAGACAAACCCACAGAGACCCUGUUAAAUACAGUCAAAGAUAAUCUUCCUGUUCAGAUUCAGAAACUCACAGAAGAGAAAUACCAAGUGGAACAAUGCGUAGAUGAGGCUUCUAUUAUAAUACGGAAUACAAAAGAGCCCACGCUGACUUUGAAGGUGAUACUUACUUCCCCUCUGAUUAGGGACGAAUUGGAGAAGAAGGAUGGAGAAAAGGUUGCGAUGAAAGAUCCUCCGGACUUAUUGGACAGGCAGAAAUGCCUGAACGCCUUGGCGUCUCUUCGACAUGCCAAAUGGUUUCAGGCAAGGGCAAACGGAUUAAAAUCAUGUGUAAUUGUCCUCCGCAUUCUGCGUGAUUUGUGCAACAGAGUUCCCACAUGGGCACCAUUAAAAGGAUGGCCACUAGAGCUUAUAUGUGAAAAGUCUAUAGGUACUUGUAAUAGACCUUUGGGCGCUGGGGAGGCCUUGAGACGAGUAAUGGAGUGUUUGGCAUCUGGAAUACUACUUCCUGGGGGUCCUGGUCUCCAUGAUCCUUGUGAGCGAGACCCAACAGAUGCUCUCAGCUAUAUGACCAUCCAGCAAAAGGAAGAUAUUACCCACAGUGCACAGCAUGCACUCAGACUAUCAGCCUUUGGCCAGAUUUAUAAAGUGCUGGAGAUGGACCCCCUUCCAUCUAGUAAGCCUUUUCAGAAAUAUUCCUGGUCAGUUACUGAUAAAGAAGGUGCUGGGUCUUCAGCUCUGAAGAGGCCAUUUGAAGAUGGAUUAGGGGAUGAUAAAGAUCCCAAUAAGAAGAUGAAACGAAACUUAAGGAAAAUUCUGGAUAGUAAAGCAAUAGACCUUAUGAAUGCACUAAUGAGGCUAAAUCAGAUCAGACCUGGGCUUCAGUAUAAGCUUUUGUCUCAGUCUGGCCCUGUCCACGCCCCAGUCUUCACAAUGUCUGUAGAUGUGGACGGUACAACAUAUGAAGCCUCAGGGCCAUCCAAGAAAACAGCAAAACUUCAUGUAGCAGUGAAGGUAUUACAAGCAAUGGGAUACCCAACAGGCUUUGAUGCAGAUAUUGAAUGUAUGAGUUCCGAUGAAAAAUCAGAUAAUGAAGGCAAAAAUGAAACAGUCUCUUCAAACUCAAGCAAUAAUACUGGAAAUUCUACAACUGAAACCUCCAGUACCUUAGAGGUAAGAACUCAGGGCCCUAUCCUCACAGCAAGUGGCAAAAAUCCCGUAAUGGAGCUCAAUGAAAAAAGAAGAGGUCUUAAGUAUGAACUCAUCUCGGAGACUGGUGGAAGCCAUGACAAACGCUUUGUAAUGGAGGUAGAAGUAGAUGGACAGAAAUUCAGAGGUGCAGGUCCAAAUAAGAAAGUGGCAAAGGCAAGUGCAGCUUUAGCUGCCCUGGAGAAGCUGUUUUCUGGACCCAAUGCAGCAAAUAAUAAGAAAAAGAAGAUUAUCCCUCAGGCAAAGGGUGUUGUGAAUACAGCUGUGUCUGCAGCAGUCCAAGCUGUUCGGGGCAGAGGAAGAGGAGCUCUAACAAGGGGAGCUUUUGUUGGGGCUACAGCUGCUCCUGGCUACAUAGCUCCAGGCUAUGGAGCGCCGUAUGGUUACAGCACAGCCGCCCCUGCCUAUGGUUAAUACUUUUAAGCAGUUUUCAGCACGUUUAUCUCACUUUAUUCUCGUUCUCCUCGGACCUUCGUAGCCAUAUCACUUGUAUAAAAUAGGCUGAGAUCUAGUGACUGUAAGCUGUGGUCUCAGUAAACAAAGGUAAGCUCUUUUAUUUUCUGAUUAAAGAGAAAAAUAACUAAAAGUCAAUGAACACAACGUGCAUAUAUGACAAUCAUACAGGAUGUGUUUGAUCUCCUAGGUCUUAUGUCAUGAUAUUACCUUUAAAAUUUUUAUGAUCUAAAUGUAAAAUAGUUAUUUUCAGCAUUUGUUUUAAUACCCUUGUAAUUACUUUUUAUUCAAGAGAGACAUUUCACUUUUACGAGUUAAAUGUGUGUAUGUGUGUAGAAACUUAUGAUAUUACAUAUAUGUGAAUUACACACACAGCCAUGUUUAAAUAAAAGAAUUUGGUGGUGGGAAGAGUUCACCUAAGAAGACUUUAAUAUCAGGGCACCCUUUUGGCCAAAGUGCUAGAAUUUCAUAAGCAGCAAGACUGGUAACAAUGCUGGUAGGAUCCAUUUAUAUGUAGCUGUUACACAAGCAGAGGAUCAAAGUGCCAAUUUCUCAAGGAGAGAAACUUCUCUGAGAAAUGAAAUCUCUGAUCUGUGUUGUAUGCCCUAAUACAACAGCAGCAAGAAGCCAUAAAAAGAAAAAGCAAUAGAAAAUGAAAAAAAAAAACCACAACCAAAAUAUUAAGGUAACUAUGGAAAAAUAUGUAAUUGACUGAGUUAAGCUAACUAUUUGCAGAACCAACUUUGCAAGACUCAGAAUGGUAAAUACCCAGUCUGCAGAGACUAAACAGACAAUUCAUCUGUCUUUUCCAGUUUAGGAAGCUAGAUGAUUGAUUUCCCACCUUACUCAACCAUCAUGGAGUUCAUUUAAAAGAUGUGAGGGUUAGGCCAAAUAUUUUAGUAAGGGUUUGCUUCAUUUAGUGUGUCCCAUAAAUACAUUUCAUAUGUGUUAGAUGUUCUUUGCUGAGGCCGUAUUUGAUAUAUAGAGAUUAAAAUGAAUUUUGUGUUUUAUAUGUCUCUAAGUAGCAAUUUUCUUGUUAUUACUAACUUUGAAGGUUGCUGGAACAACGUUUUUUCCCCAUACAGUAUCUGUAUGUACGUCGAAUGUGGCUUUGGCAUCUAUAGAAGGUUGUAUGAGAUCUAGCUGACUAGUACUACGUACAUUCCCGUCCUCAUCAAGCAGCUGAGUGCCCUUAACGUGCCAUGUCCUUCUCUGGGUACUAGUGAAACAGAGGCUCUGCCCGGUGAAAACAUGCAAGUCUGAGAGUCUCCUUGUUGGUGGAAUUGGGCUGAUUAUAAAUCUCCUAGGUUGGGAGACAAAUGAUGCAGUAGCAGUGUCAAAAGAUAAUUAACUUGGUUAGUAGUUUAUUUAUAGAUUAUUUAAUAUUAUAGGCCCUCUGACAUCACUGAACUGGCCAUCAUUUGGAAAUUCACUCAUUUUAAAUAUUUCCCUGGCAGUUUUGAGAGCCUGAAACCAGCUCUGUUUAUGUUCAUGGACCUCUCUCCAAGUAAGUGAACGGAAUGAAAUGAACAAAUAUCCCAGUCCUUUUUAAGCAGUUUUUAUAGUAUAGCAGAGACCAAAGUGGUUGCUUUAAACACCACAUUUUUUUGAUGACGAGGGGAAUUUUGUGCUUAUAAUCAAUCAUUCAUUAUAACUUACCUGUUUAUCUAGAUUUCUUUAAUAACUGCGGUGGAUGCAAGUCUUCAGUAGUGAGUUAGGGGAACGAACUAAGAUUUGCAGAUGUGUCCCCGCCCUUGCCCUCAGCAGUUAGAUUCCUAGGAAUCCAGAGCCCUAGGAACUAGGGACAUUAGGAGCAGUUAAAGCUGAAAACCUGCUCUGUGAAUGGUCCUCCUGUACCUCCUACUCAGCACAGGCCAGUGCGUCCU